AUGUCCACAGAAACAGCAGACCAGGCGCCGGCCAUCUCCGACCUGCCCUCAGGCGACCCCAUCAAAGCUCCCCCUACGCCGCCAGCAUCGACGACAUCGUCAUCAUCAUCACCGUCGUCCUCGCCGUCCUCUUCGAAGCCAGCAAAACUCCACCUCUCAGCAAUCCUCGCAGCCGCACCGUCCAACGUCGACGCCUUCGUCGCCCACCUCUCACGUUGCUUCGAGACCCCCGCCGGAAUCGACGCCGUGCUCUGCUUUCUCUGCUACACCUCGCGCCUGUCCGCCUCGGUCCUCGAGUCCUUCUCCACCUCGGCCCUGCGCCGUUCCGCCCGCCGCCUCGUGUCACUAGCCUUCACCCUCCCUCCCGAUGCGACCAUCCUCCUCUCCACGAAACCUCCGGCCUCGGCCGCCACGACGCUCGCCCUGAGGGUCGCCACACGCCUCCGCGCCCUGGCCACGCUGCUCAGCGAGGCCCGCACGAUAACCCGCCUCUGGGCCCUGCUGCCAAUGUACCUCUGGCUCCGCAGCCUCAUGAAGACCCCCAAGCCGACACCCGAAGAGAAGAAGAAGCAGGAGCAGACCGGUGCCUCCUUCGACAGGGCCCUAUCGUGGUUCCAGGUCACCGUCUGCAUCCUCCUGCAGUCCCUCGAGAGCACGGCCUACCUCGGCUCGAGGGGCGUGCUGCCGCUCACCCCGGCGCAGCAGGGCAAGGCGGCGCAGUGGGGCACGCGCUUCUGGUCGUGCUUCGUCGGCAGCGAGCUGGGUCGCCUGCUCGUCGAGUACCUGCGCAGGCGGAAGCAGCUCGCCGAGGGCGCCCUCGACGUCCAGAGCACCGAGUACAAGGCCUGGUCCGACGUCUGGACGCGCACCCUGGCGAGGCAGGCCGCGUGGUUCCCCCUCACGGUCCACUGGAGCAUGGACAAGGGCUUCGUGCCGGAGAUGGGUAUCGGACUGCUCGGUUCCAUCCCUGGUAUCGUGCAAAUGCGGUACACGUGGAAGGAGACUGCAAAGAGUGGGUGA